UGAGACAACAAACACAAUCCAAAACUAGAGCGGGCUUUUGUUCUUACAUGGCUUUAGGCUUGAAAUUUGCAAAUUAUGGAGAAACUAUGUGACAGAUAAUUCCUGAUAUCUGAAAAAAGCAAAUUUCCUUUCUAAUGGACUCUGCAUUGUGUCCUUACCUCUCAUGUCCACAUAUCUUCAUUAAUUCAAGCUUUCAUAAACAGCUUUUUUCAGCUCCCCACAGUACAGGAAUUGGUCCAUACAAACACAAAUUUUCGAGUCCAACAUGUUGGGCAACUGGGGUGACAGGAAUUGGAGCUGGAAAUUUGUCUGAUGAUAGUUCUUCAAAGGGAAGUGAAAAUGGUUCUCUUUUGGGUUCUUUUCAUGAAUCUACUUCAGCAACAUUUGGAACUCUUGAUGCUGAAAUUACUCCCGAAACUAUUGAUUUCUUUGUUAGUGAUGCUGAGGGUGAUCCUGAUUGCCCAACCCCAGGCUACUCUUCAAUUGAGCAGGCACUCAAUACUCUACGCCAAGGAAAGUUUGUGAUUGUUGUAGAUGAUGAAAAUGGGGAUAUUGAAGGAAACCUUGUGAUGGCAGCAUCACUUACAAGUCCCAAGCAAGUGGCAUUUAUGGUUAAACAUGGGUCAGGAAUUAUUUCUGUAAGCAUGACUGUGGAUGAUCUUAAUAGGUUGAAGCUUCCUCUAAUGUCACCCGAGAGCGAAGAUGAAGACUCUUCCGCCCCCACCUUUACUACCACAGUGGAUGCAAGAACUGGGACAUCUACUGGAGUAUCAGCAGCAGACAGAGCGAAGACUGUUGUUGCUCUUGCAUCUCCUGAGUCGAAGCCAGAAGACUUUAGAAGGCCAGGACAUGUGUUUCCACUCAAGUACCGAAAUGGUGGAGUUUUAAGGAGAGCUGGUCAUACUGAAGCUUCUAUUGAUUUGUUAAUUCUGGCUGGAUUACGGCCAGUUUCUGUUCUUUCAGCAAUUGUUGAUCCAGAUGAUGGAUCCAUGGCUUCUUUAUCUAGUUUAACAAAAUUGGCUUUAGAGUACAGCAUACCAGUUGUCUCAAUUACAGAUAUAAUAAGAUAUCGGAGAAAGAGGGAAAACUUAGUUGAAAGAACUGCUGUUUCUCGUUUGCCUACCAAAUGGGGUCUAUUUCAAGCUUACUGUUAUCGUUCAAAAUUAGAUGGCACAGAACAUAUAGCCAUAGUGAAGGGUGAUAUUGGAGAUGGAGAAGAUGUUCUAGUAAGAGUACACUCAGAAUGUUUAACUGGAGAUAUAUUUGGAUCAGGUCGUUGUGAUUGUGGGAACCAAUUAAAUUUGGCAAUGCAGUUAAUCGAGCAGGCUGGUAGAGGUGUUGUUAUUUACCUUCGAGGCCAUGAAGGAAGAGGGAUUGGCCUUGGUCAUAAACUUCGUGCCUACAAUCUACAAGAUCAAGGUCAUGACACUGUCCAGGCUAAUAUUGAACUUGGUUUAGCUGUUGAUGCUCGUGAAUAUGGGAUUGGUGCUCAGGUCAGUUUGAAAAUGCCUUACAAAUAUACUAAGGGACGUAAGGGUUCGGACCAUGCGACUAAUGACAAACAACCCAGCAAAAUUCACAGGUUUGAAGGGAUAUGGAUUGGCAGUAAUUGGAAGAGUUCCAGUUUUGACACCAAUUACAGAGGAGAACAAGAAGUACUUAGAAACAAAACGUACAAAGAUGGGUCAUAUUUAUGGUUCUGAUUUACAAGGACCAUUAACUGGAUUUAUCAACCCAGAUAUAAAUAACAGCACAGAUUCACCAGAAGAGGAGUGACAGAGGAAGAAAAACAACAUGUUAUAAAAAGUCUACAAUCCAUUGGAGAAAGGCAGUUUGCUGUUUUGUGUGAUAUACAGUUUUUUAAUGAUUUUUUUUUUUUUGUAUCAAUUUUAUUUCAGUUACAACAUACAAUUUAUAAACACAUGAUACAGACAAUAAAGUUCGCAAUGAAAUUAUUCUUA